AUGGGAGAAAGAAGGAGGCUUUUGAGUUGCCUAAUUUUUCUGGUUUUGAAUGUCGUAUGUGAAGGCAAAGGGGUACACAGAAAUGCCUAUGCUACCAUGAUGUAUAUGGGUACUCCAAGAGACUAUGAAUUCUAUAUAGCGACACGUGUCAUGCUCAGAUCUCUCGUAAAGCUUAAGGUUGAUGCUGAUCUUGUUGUCAUUGCCUCCAUGGAUGUACCCCUCCACUGGGUCCAAGCCCUUGAACAGGAAGAUGGUGCACAGGUCAUGAAAGUCGAAAAUCUGAACAAUCCUUACAGAAGUCAGUCGAACUUCGAUUGGAGAUUCAAGCUAACACUGAACAAACUUUAUGCAUGGAACCUAGUGGACUACGACAGGGUGGUCAUGCUUGACGCCGAUAACCUCUUCAUCAGAAAUACUGAUGAGUUGUUCCAGUGUGGUCAGUUCUGUGCAGUAUUUAUCAAUCCCUGCAUCUUUCACACUGGCCUCUUUGUGUUGCAGCCAUCAAAAGCAAUAUUCAAUGACAUGAUUCAUGAACUGGAGGUCGGGAGAAGUAACCCUGAUGGCGCAGACCAAGGUUUCAUUGGAAGCUACUUCCCUGAUUUACUGGAUCGACCCAUGUUUCAUCCUCCUUCAAAUGGUACAAAGCUUGAUGGAGCAUAUAGACUUCCUCUAGGCUAUCAAAUGGAUGCUUCUUACUAUUAUCUCAGACUUCGGUGGAGUGUUCCUUGUGGACCAAACAGUGUUAUUACUUUCCCCGGUGCCCCUUGGUUAAAACCCUGGUAUUGGUGGUCAUGGCCCGUCCUCCCACUCGGCAUCCAGUGGCAUGAUCAACGGCGUCAAACUCUUGGGUAUAGUGCAGAGCUGCCACUUGUAUUAAUCGAGGCUGUAUUUUACCUAGGAAUAAUGGCUGUGGCGCGUCUAGCACGGCCCGACUUAUCCAAAUUAUGCUAUCGCCGAGAAGAGAAAAGUAUUUUCUUCAUGCAGACUGGCUUCAAAUUGAUUGCUAUAUGGUCCAUUCUUGCUGCCUACAUAGUCCCAUUCUUUCUCGUUCCCCACACCAUUCAUCCACUCAUAGGGUGGGGUCUCUACUUGCUGGGGGCCUUAUCACUUUCGUGCAUAGCAGUUAAUGCUUUUCUUCUACCAAUUCUACCCAUUUUAACACCAUGGCUCGGAAUCUUUGGGGCCCUUUUGGUAAUGGCUUGUCCUUGGUACUCAAAUGGCGUUGUACGGGCACUUGCUACUUUUGCCUAUGCGUUCUGCUGUUCGCCUGUUCUGUGGAUGGCGUUCGUUAAAAUUAUGUCAUGCCUUCAAGUUUCACUUGAAAGGGAAGCAUUUUUGCCUAGAUUGGGGGAAAAUUCGUCACCCUCGGGGUUCAACAAGUUGUAUUGA